AUGCUUCAAGCAUCCCUGCCACAAGUGCUGUGGUCGGAGAAUAUCUUUACUGUCCGACUCAGCAUUAAAGUAGUGGGCGUGAACCCGAAGUCUGAUCCUGUACAAAUCACGGAGAAUUCGGUCACCUUCAGGGCAUUGGUGGAUGGUAAGGUUUACUCAGUGGAGUACAUCCUAUACGACUCCAUCCUACCAGCCCGCAGUCAGGUGAAGAUUAGCUCUGGUGAAGUGACUAUCGUCCUACGCAAGAACCAGAAGGGGCGCUGGCCUCGGCUCAUUAAACUCAAAGCCAAGCCUGCCAAUCUGUUGUAUGACUUUGACCGGUAUGAGGACAGCUCAUCAGCUGAAGACGAAGACUGUGAUGAGGAUGGGGCAGGUCCAACCAGGAAAAGUAAGAAAAUACGACUGCCAACAGGGAUCUCCGCGGAAAAGAAACAGGAGAUAAUGGAACGUCAUCGCCUGGAACAGAGCUGCUCGACACAAUCAAGUGAUGAAAAUGAGGGGAUCAUUAGGAAUGAUGAUCGUGAUCCAUAUGAUAUCUUUGAUGUUGGGCAUUAGACAUGAAUUUCUGUAGCUUGGAAGUUGAGUUUUUGUCCUAUUAAAAAACCUUCGAAUGAAAUACAAAAUUCCUCAUGCAGUGUGUUUAAAUGGAGAAGGUGUAAUCUUUGCAAAACACUGCUAGAACCAACGAUUUCGCGACAGACAUAGAUAUUGACUCUCACAGACAGUUGUGUGGAUAAUACGGGGAUUGUUAAGAGUUAUCGAGAUAACCAUUGGACAAGAUGGUCAGAGUUGUUGAGACGACCGAGUUAUUUAGACAACCAUUAGACAAGAUGGUCAGAGUUGUUGAGACGACCGAGUUAUUGAGACGAUCAUUGGAUAAGAUGGUCAGAGUUAUUGAGAUGACUAAUGUGAAAUGAUUUUAGUUCAUCAGAGAGUAAUGUGUGCCUUAUGACAUUGUUAUAAAUCUACAACACUAAAAGAAUUUUCUGCAAUGUGCGCCAGGAUUUUCCAGGAUCCACUGUGCUGGUCAUCAAGUAACAUUUUACCUUUUGUUUUCGUUAUCUUAUUUCCCUAAUUUGGAGUAAUUAGGAGGAAUUUUCCUAAUUUGGAGUAAUUAGGAGGAAUUUUCCUAAUUUGGAGUAAUUAGGAGGAAUUUUCCUAAUUAGGAGGAAUUUCCCUAAUUUGGUGUAAUUAGGAGGAAUUUGACCAUCAAGACAGAAAGUCUUGGCAGAAGUCACAGUGACAUUAUUUUGACACUUUGUUGACUGAAAAAGUUCGUGUUCAAUUAAUUGUUUUAAUGUGCUUUAACAUGUUUGAUAAUAUGGGCAGCAAUAUAUCAUUAUGUCUGUUUUAUUCAUUGAAAGGACUUAAACAUGAAGUUUUAGAAAAUGACCUUCAUAAUAAUGUUUUGUUAUAAAAGAAAGAUUGCAAGGUUGAGAUAAAAGAAAUAAAGUUAUCUUCAUAGAUAUAUUUUUGUAGAAAGAAAGCAUUGGCAUAUAUAUAGAAUAUAUAAAAAUGUAUAUGGAUGAGGUCAGA